AUGGACGCGAGCGAGCGCCGCGACGCCGCGCUCGCGCGCCCCCCCGACCCGACGUCGCGCGUCCCGCUCCUCUCCCCGACCUCGCUCGGAUGGGACCCCGAACGCCUCGCGGCGCAUCUGCAUCAUCACUCGUUCGCGAUCGCGCAGGCGCCCUCGUCGCUCGCGUCGGACGCGACGACGGACGCGCGCGACGCCGCGCGCGCGUUCUUCGCGCGCGACGCCGCGUCCAAGCGCGCGACGAGCCGCGGCGGCGGGUCCUCGGAAGGGUACUCCGCCGCGGAGGGCGGGACGCACGAGUGCUUCGAGGUUCGCGCGUCGACGUCCGAGGUGCCGUCUUUUCGAAGGCUCUACGACGCGCUGGAAGCGAUCGCGCGCGCGUGCGUCGCGGACCUCGAGACGCACCUCGGGAUCCCGCGCGGGUCGGACGACGGUCUCGCCGCGCUCCUCGAUCGCCGCGCGGCGGGGGGGGGCGACGAGACCGCGGGCGACGACGACGACGACGCGUCGCUGACCGCGAUGCGAGUGCUGCAUUAUCGCCGCCGCGACGCGCUCACGGAAGCGGACGCGUCCUCGCUCGCCGCGUCCGGGCUCGGCGACCACACGGACAGCUCCAUCCUGACGGUCGCGCCGAGGAGCUCGCUCCGCGCGGGCUUGGAAGUCGCGCCGUACGCUCCUCGCGGCGGCGGCGGCGAGAACGGAAGCGCGUCCGCGGGGUGGAUCGACGUCGAGGCGCGCAUGACGGACGACGACGUGAUCGUCUUCGCCGGCGACGCGUUAGCCGCGGCGACGUGGAACUACUUCCCCGCGGCGCUGCACCGGCCGCGCGUCGAGAGGACGCGUGAAGAGGCCGCGGCGGCGCCUCGCGUGUCGUGCCCUUUCUUUCUGAGGCCGCGCGCGGACGCGGCGUUGGACGCGAAGGCGCUCGCGUCGCCGGCGCUGGCCUCUCGCGUCGCCGGCAUCGCGUCCGGCGCGACGACGGCGUGCCUCGCGAUCGACCUGGAGAGGAACGCGGACGACGUCCGGCGAUCGUGGCCGUGGCGGAGUGAGCGCGGGUUCUACGGAGGCGUCGUCUUCGCGGAGGAGGAGGUCGUCGUCGACGUCGUCGACGGCGGUAAAGUCGUCGGGUCCGUGAGAGUCCCGAACGGGGUGUCCCCGGAGGAGUUCAUCGAGCAGAGCCGACGGUUCGCGUCUGGGAUGCGAAUCGGCGUUGAUGGCGUCGGAACGGGCGGAGGUGACGCCGACGCCGCGGACGCGGAGGAAGGCGGCGACGGAGGAUUUUGGACGCGAGCGAAGCGCGCGACGGCGGCGGGGACGGAUCGAAAACGGCUGCAUCAUCUGCCGUGGUCCGCGGACGAGUACGUCAAGUGCGUCGCUCUGAACGCCCCGGCGGCGUUCACGGCCGACGAAGGAAGCGAUCGCGGCUGGCGAGAGCUCGUGGAUCACGACGUGGUGACGCUGACGGACAUGAGCGCGGACGCCGCGGCGGCGGCGGCGGCUGCCGCCGCCGCUUCGGUCUUCGACGACAGCGACGACGACGACGACGACAAAGAAGAAGAGGACGAAGCGGGACGAGAAAAAAGCGGCGAGCUUCACGAGAUCAUACGCGUCGAUCCGCCGGCGUCGGCGACCGCAUCCUCGAGCGCGAUCACCUUCGACGACGACGCCUCCGAUCGCGCGCGGUGGCUGUGCGUCGUCGAAGGGAGCGUCCUGUGCGCGACGUGCGAUUCGAGCGCCGCCGCCGCCGACGCGUCGUCCGUCGAUUGGCCGACGUUCGCGGCGAUGGACUCUUCGCGCGUCGCGCGCGCGCGUCCAGGCGACGCGGUGUUCGUUCCCGGCGGGCAUCUCCUCGCGCUCGUCGCGGAGGGCGACGCCGUCGCGACGGUGGCGCGGAGGACGACGACGGCGUUGGGGUCGUCCGCGUCGGCGAGGGACGCGGCGCGCUCGGCGGCGUUGAGAGCGCACGCGAGGACGUGCGCGCGCGAGGAGCGGCGCGCGGCGAUGCUGACGUGCGGGGUGUCUCUGGAGCGUUGGGAGAAGUACGCGGAGGCGGUGGAGUUGUUGUGGGCGUGUAACUGA